UUGGAUCUAAGUAGAAAAGGACUCUCCAGGUUACCUGAUGCAGUCACUGAACUGACUGAAGUGGAGGAACUUUGGCUGGAUUACAAUAACCUGGCUGAAUUACCAACAGGUAUUAACAAGUUGAAAAACCUUAUCGAGCUCCAUUUGAAUAGAAACAGACUCACAGACCUACCUGCUGAGAUUGGUGACUUAAAGGAGCUGAGAAGGCUGGAGGUGCGAUACAACCAGUUGGUUAGUUUACCUACCAGUAUACUGAAGCUGAACCAGCUUGAGGGGCUGUACUUGUCUUAUAACAAACUUAAAGAACUGCCUUUUGAGAUUGGUGACUUAAUGGCCCUGAGGAGGCUGGAGGUGGGAUACAACGAGUUGGUUAGUUUACCUACCAGUAUACAGAGGCUGAACCAGCUUGAGGAGCUGCACUUGAUUUAUAACAAACUUACAGAACUGCCCUCUGAGAUUGGUGACUUAAUGGCGCUGAGGAGGCUGGAUGUGAGUUGCAACCAGUUGGUUAGUUUACCUACUAGUAUACAGAAGCUGAACCAGCUUGAGGAGCUGCACUUGAAUGGUAACAAACUUACAGAACUGCCUUCUGAGAUUGGUGACUUAAUGGCCCUGAGGAGGCUGGAUGUGAGUAACAACCGGUUCGUUAGUUUACCUACCAGUAUACAGAAGCUGAACCAGCUUGAAGAGCUGCGCUUGAUUUAUGACGAACUUACAGAACUGCCCUCUGAGAUUGGUGACUUUACGGCGCUGAGGAGGCUGUAUGUGAGUUGCAACCGGUUGGUUAGUUUACCUACCAGUAUACAGAAGCUAAACCAGCUUGAGGAGCUGCACUUGGAUGGCAACAAACUUACAGAACUGCCCUCUAAGAUUGGUGACUUAAAGGAGCUGAGGAGGCUAGAUGUGAGGAACAACCAGUUGGUUAGUUUACCUGCCAGUAUACAGAAGCUGAACCUGCUUGAGGAGCUGAAAUUGUUCGGUAACAAACUUACAGAACUGCCUCCUAUGAUUGGUGACUUAAUGGCGCUGAGGAGGCUGGAUGUGAGUAACAACCAGUUGGUUAGUUUACCUACCAGUAUACAGAAGCUGAACCAGCUUGAGGACCUGCGCUUGGAUGGUAACAAACUCACAGAACUGCCUUCUGAAGUUGGUGACUUAAAGGAGCUGAGGAGUUUGCAAGUGAGUAGCAACCAAUUGGUUAGUUUACCUAUCAGUAUACAGAAGCUGAACCAGCUUGAGGAGCUGCACUUGUCUCAUAACAAACUUACAGAACUGCCUUCUGAGAUUGGUGACUUAAUGGCGCUGAGGAGGCUGGAUGUGAGUGGUAAUCCUUUACCUUCUGAUGCAAUACAUUUUCUAGAGAAGAAGAUAAAAGUAAUGACCAGUACGUUUAUUAAAGGUGGGUGUGGGGAUUGUCGUCAAUAAUUGUUAGAAUGAUACUUUUACUAUAGAUGUAUAUAUAGAUGUAAGAUAUAUUAGUAGUGCCAUUAUUUUUUGUCUUUGUUUUUAAUAAGGCUCGAGCAAGAUUGGAAAUGGCGAAAAAAAAAACUUUACUUUAUACUGAAAAUUCUCACUGCGCUGAGGAUUAGUGGGGAAAAAGUUUGACCGAAAUCUAAUUUUUUGGGACACUCCAAAUUAGUGUUAUUUAGUAAAUAUUUAAAACAGAUACAUUUGGUUAGAAUUCUUUUUACUUCAUAAGAAAAUGUCAUUCUUUCUCUCAACAAAAUCUUUGUCAGUUCAGUCUACUGCCCUUAAAGGAACUUACAAGGGCUUCAGCAUUAUUUUCCCGAAAAUUUUAGUUGCAAUUUAAAGUUUUACGGAGGUAAGAAUUUGUCUAAUUUUAGGUUUCCUUCUUCUACGAAAAUAUCUUAACCUGGGGAGUGAAAUGCGCAAAAUUAAACUCAAGAAAAUCGUAGUGAAAUAUUUAUAUAGCUAAGCCGCUUCGAAAAUUGUAAAUGAAUGGAGUGAUCAUCUAGAAAUUUUUAGCCUUCUCUUCCUUAGGCUGGAAAAUUUUAGGCAAUUCUCUUUUCCAAACAGAUAUUUUACAGAAGACAGUCAUUGGAUGCGCCUGAGGAGGAUUUUAGGGGGAUAACAGCCUCCGAGAUUUGCUUAAUUCUCAUUUACCAUCAUAUGAAAACCGUUUCUAAUUAUGGGCUGACGUAACGAAUUAGGAUUACUGCUUCACGUGAGCAAAUGCAAGUUGAGUUAUUUUAAAUGUAGCAACUGCUUGUUUGGCACCCAGUUCGCAAGGGGGAGGUAGGUACACCGGAUUUCAAGUGACGGGAUGAUCGAAUGGAGACAAAAAUCAGCCCACCCCUCCACCCCGCAAAAAAAAAAUCCUAGGGUUUCCAACGAAACCCCAAACCAUCGCUGCACAAAAAUUAACCUCCUCCCCCCCCAAAAAAAACAUGCCAAAUAUCAGAGCCUUCUCGCUAACAACACUCGAGACACCCAGGAUCAUCUUCUGUUUCAUUGAAUAUGUAAAAAGUCCCCGCGUAAUCAAAAUUUUUCUAACCAAAAAAUCCCGGAGAAAAAAUUUCAAACCCAAAAAAUUCUUCGAUCACCCUCGUCACUUGAAAUCCGGAGUACCCUCACCCCCUGUUAUUUCCAACAAAACCCCAAAACAUCCCUGCACAAAAAUUAACCCCCUCCCCCCUCAAAAAAAACAUGCCAAAUAUCAGAGCCUUCUCGCUAACAACACUCGAGACACCCUGGAUCAUCUUCUGUUUCACUGAAUACGUAAAAAGUCCCCGCGUAAUCAAAAUUGUUCUAACCAAAAAAUCCCGGAAAAAAAAUUCAAACCCAAAAAAUUCUUCGAUCACCCUCGUCACUUGAAAUCCGGACUACCCUCACCCCCUGUUAUUUAAAAAGUCGUUAGUGGGGAAAAGUCUUUGUCGAUGUCCAGUGAAGUUUUUCAAAGCUUCCAUUUAUUUCACUUGCUAGCGUUUAAAAUCUUUUAAGGUAUGGAUAGCGAAAAACCAAAAGCGACCCAAUCAAGUAAAAUUUGAACGUGAUAUGCGAACGUUCUGUUUCAUUUCUCAGAGGCUGUCCACACUGCCCGCCGGGAAUUAGUGCCUCGGUACCGGCCCAAAGUGGUGUCGCGGCGUUCACACCGUAAGAACCCGAUAUGCAAGUGACGACGUAGCUACUCCAUUUCUCCCUGUCAGACGCUAUUUUCAAAAAAUAAAUAUGAGCUUUGCAAUGAUUACAAAGCCGUGGACUGUCACAGAACAAGUAACUGUGUGCAUACAGGGACCCGGUGUCCACUUUUGUGCCCGAGUACAAGUUCUCGACCUUGUUCUCUGGCACCGGCACCGUGCUCGAAUUCUAACGUGGGAAUACUUGAAAAAAGAGUAUGUUUAUACUUUAGUGCUCGGCGAGUAGCGUACUUGGCCACCGUGUCCGGGCACCAGGUGUGAAGGCUGCCUUACUUUUCCGCGUGCAACAAAGGAAAUAGGACACGUCUGCCAGCACGCAGGCUAUUUGUUCCAUUGAUGUCGAAUUCCGCUUUUAAUAAAACAGAAUAGUUUUUUUUGUCGGCAUAAAAAGCUUUCUUGUAUACUGUAUCCGUAGAUAUACAGACAGGACGUAGACGUAGUUUUAUCUUAUUAUUGCUUCUUAUGUUCCGCAAGGAGGAAUGAGUAUGCCUUGGUUCGAACAAACUGCUGAAACUGGAAUGUUUUGGAAUGCUGGCGAAGAGGAAGAAGUGGUCAAGACAGUGUUACCUGUGAAAGCCGCUAAAGAAAAGGUUGUAGUAGAACCUGAAGAUGAUGCUGAACUUGAAGACGAUGCUAAUGUCCCUCUCUGGAGAGCGAUGUUCAAAAAGUUGCGUUUUAGUGAGUGUUUAAUUCUUAUAUGAGUUAUGUCAGGGCCGUUGCUAGGUUUUUGUAACCGGGGGAGGGGGCAUUAUCGCGGGUGCUAAAAACAAGAGCCUUGAAAGGGGGUGUGGGGGUAUCCUCCCUUAGAAAAUUUUUAAAUUUAGAGGCUCUGAAACGUUAUUUUCAGCACUUGUCACGAGAUAUGUUUCCGAAAAAUCGACCUCGAAUCAUGAAAAUGGCAAGCAAUUGCAAGUCAUUGUAAUCAAGAUAACUGAGUCUAAAGAAAACAAAUCCAUCCACAGGCUUGAUUUGCCUGGCUCAACAGGUCCAGAGGUGUGUGUGGGGGAGCUGUCUCUCUUGCGCCCCCGCUAGCUACGGCUCUGUAUAUCUGUUGACGGAAGACUAAUUCCACGAAAAGAGAUGCUUUUUGAAAGAGCCGAAAAAGGCAUCUGCUCUUGCAGGCUUAGAUACGUGUGGAGAGGGCCUAAUGUUUUUAAUGUCUUUAAUCUUUUCCCCCUGGUUGAGUGCAUCGUCUGCACUCUACAUCUACAACUUGAAUAAAAGAUGAUCUGACUAGUCACAUCCAAGACCCUCUUUGAAAAGUGUUUCGCUCACCGUAACAGUAAGCAUAAUUAUAAGCCGAUCAAGCAAAAUUUGUAGCAUUCAACGUGAUAUGCGAACGUUAUUUUUCAUUUCUCACCUUUCCGCUUGCAACAAAGGAAAAAGGACAUUUCGCUUUUAAUAAAACAGAACAGUUUUUUUUUGUGUCGGCAUAAAAACCUUUCUGAUAUGCUGUGUACGUAGUCAUUGCAUCUUAUGUUCCGCUAGGAGGAAAGAAUAAGCCUUCGUUCGAAAAAACUGCUGAAACUGGAAUGCUUUUGAAUGCUGGUAAAGACGAAGAAGUGGUUGAGACACUAUUACCUAUGAAAGCCGCUAAAGAAGAGGUUUUAGUAGAUCCUGAAGAUGAAACUGACGUUGAAGAGAAUACUAAUGUCGGCGAAAGCAGAAGUGUCAUUACAAGGUAUGUGCCGUUUGAAUAAAAAUUCAAUAAAACCUCCGAUGACGGCAACGGUAGCGAAAAGUUACUUAUCAUUAAAAUCACAUUUGUGUAAAGGCACUAGCGAGGCGUUGCUGAGUCGUUUAACGCUUCGAUUUUCGAAACUUGUGAUAAAACAAACCCUACAGAUAAACUCGUAAUCAGAAAUAACAAGCUUCAACAUUUUACCCAAAAAGAGAAAAAAGAACUAAGAUAUGCUACACUUGUUAAAAAAAAAAAAAGAAAGUGGCGGUGAAACAUUUUUAUUCCGGCGCGAGAUCAGAUACCGUAACGUCUUGCUUUCGAUAGUUUCCCAUUUUCAUUCUUCCACACCAGUGAUCGGGGAAAUCGACCUUUCCUCUCCGGAGAGCGGCGUAUUUAAAAAGUUGGGUGUUAGUGAGUGUCCAAUUCUCAUAUGAGUAAUUACAUUUGUAGACGGAAGACUGAUUCCACAAAAGAAGAUUCUUUUUCAAAGAGCCGAAAAAGGCGUCUGCUCUCACAAGCUUGGAUGCGUGUGGACGGGGUCUAAUGUUUUUAAUGUCUUUUAUUUUUUGCACGGGUUGCAUGCACCGUGUGCACUUUACAUCUUCAACAAGAGUUUUGCGUAAGCGGCAAGAAGUCUAUAUUUUACGCGGCGUUUUGAAUUUCCAGCGUGUUCGAAACUUGUUAGGGGUACAAUUACCUUAUCCUAGGAAAUAAACAAUGCACGUUGACAACACGAAAAAAAUUUACAUUGCACUAAAUUAACGCGAAGUUUUUAAAAGUUAGGUUUACAUGCAUUAAAUUAACGCGAAUUUUUCGAUGAGCAUCUUACUUCAUUCAACACAAAUUUGCUGCACUUACAAAAUCUCAACAUACAUAUAUCUCAAGGUUGGAUCGUCCGGGUGAACGUAGUCCUGAACAGCACUGUUGUUGAUAGUGACUGACGUUUCGACAAUCUGUGCGGUAGUCAUCUUCAGAGUCAAAGUGACUUGGAUCACGUCAGUUGAUGGUAUUAGUACUCUGGUUAUUGACCUGAUUGGUCAAUUACGUCGAGAUGUUACUGGUCGUCUGUCAGUUAAGCCGUGAUUAUAUUGGCUAUGAAGACUAGUAAUGUAAUUGGUGCGUAAUGUGUCGGUUUUCUGUAAAUAGUCUUUCCUAGUCUGACGACCACAGACUAGUGUCUUUUGACGUGAAAUCAGAUAGUUUUUACCGACCGAUUACAAGACCAGUCAUCGUACAACCCUACCUCUCACAAGAAAAGGCUACAACUAUACGGACUUUGACAAGACGAGCGAAACUAGUUUGCGACUCACCUGACAGCCUACAAGACGAGACUGACUACCUAACCAACGUUUUUAGUAAAAACAACUACAACAAGAACUUUGUUAGAUGGAACACUCACAGUAACACUGAUUCCAUAAAGGUGCUUUAAAAUAACAAUAAUGUAAAAUAGCGUGCAUUGAAUUUAAAUUGACGUUAGUUAUGAUACAUUAAACAAAAAAACGCGUAAAUAAAGUGUAUUGUUAAUUUCCUAGAAUAAGGUACGUUCUUUUCACUAUGCUUAUUUUUUUUAUUUAAAAGAUGAUCUGACUUGUCACAUCGAAGACCUCCUUUGAAAAGUGUUUCGCUCACGGUAUAAAUAUACGUCGCGGACAAGAAUCCGACCGAACGUCGCAGUCAAAACUUACUAAUUUUUUUUUUUUAGUAGAGGAUUGUUUGAAAUUCGACAACGACAGACUUUGCUCAACUAAGGGUAGGGUAUCCUAAUUUUGGAGGAUAAAAGCAACUAAGAGUUGAUGUUGAAUAAUAUAGUUAACAGGAUAUUAUAUUUAUAUUCUAGUACGACGAUUUUUUUGCCUUGAACUCGUCACAAAGAAGAAGACUAACAUUGACCCCUGUAUUGCGUGAAAAAAAAACCAUUAUUGUCCACUGAGUUUCUGUCCCCUAUCCCCCAAAAAGCUUUGCAAAUUAUGUUCUUCAUUUAUUGUAGAUUUUACCCGAACAUUGAGCUAGUGAAAGCUUUGUUUUGAAAACAACCGACUAUCAAAAUUUUGGCUCAUUGCAGAGAAAUAGUGACCAGUGAAGGUACCCGGUUGGCCCUCAAAACAGGGGCUGUCCAUCUUAUAUUCCAUCCAAAUGCUGCGUCUGAGCCCACGUCAAUAGUGGUCUACAGAUGGAAAUCCAGUGUCUGCUCACCCCCACUACAGGAACACGAGGCCAUUGUCAGCAAUGUUAUUCAACUAUCUUCCCAUGAUGGCCAACGCCCGAUUUUCAGUGCCCUGAUGACUUUGUCGCUUUCUCACAGUGCACCGGACCUGCGGGGCUACGAAGUGGUGAUAAAAAGGCAGAUCAACAAGGAGACCAAUGAAUGGGAAGACGUGAGUGGAACCAAGGACUUACGCUGUCGCCAAGGUAUAGAAAUGUUCUCUAUGUAGUAGAUUCAUGGCAGCUAUAGAGAACCGUUUGGCAGAUCCUGUUUCCCUAAGCGUGAGGCGGUGUACGUCAUCCGUAUUGCUGAAGGGUUUGUUUGGUUUUCUUUUUUUGAGAUAGUGUCCAUAUCAAGUGUUGCAGUUGCGAUUGCGCUCUCGAUCUGAACCUUGUUUCCAGUCUUGAUUCCUAUAACGUCAGUCUUUUUUAGAAUAAAAAGGAAGUAAAAACAGAGCAUAAUUAUGAUAGUUACAUUUUACUUUUAUUUUUUGUCGGUAACAGACAUGGAAGAUGAGCGCCCUUCUCACAAGGAUAUGCCAGACUUUUUGUUCCCCGUUGCUCAAGCUGACAUAAAUGAGUGCUCAACAUAUGCAGUGGUUUGCCGUCUCAAAUCUUCUCCGCCUUACACCAUCACAUCUACUGGCGGUUUAUUCACUCAUCCUGAUUAUCCAGGCGUGACGUUUACAGUCCCCGAGAAUGCUGUUGCACCCGAGUCACCGUUUACCCUGGAGUUAAAGGUUGGUGUGAUUAAAAAGGUCCAUUUAUAAAGAAAGUAUUAUCGUAAAGGCUUUUUAAAGUGAUACGGUUUUUUUAGAAAAAUGACGAUCUAAUAAUGACCAGUUUAGAAGGUUUGACUGAAAAAUCGUUAACUGAAUAUUUGUAGCGAUCUUUUUGUUACUUAAAUUGCGUUAACUUUUUAUUUAACUUAUUGGGAAUCCACGUCAAUUUUAAAGCCUAAAGAAUACAUGAAAUUAACUGCUGAUGAUUACUCUUUUAAAUGGUACAGAUGCAAGAAGUUCCAAAUAAAGAAUUUGAAGAGGAGGGUGUAUUUCUUGGACCUAUUCUGCGAAUCAAAAGCUUUGGGCUUGUCCAGUUCUUUAAGCCUGUAACCAUUCAGCUGCCAGUUUCUCUUCGAGACCGGCAGGACUUUAAUCCAGAUCCCACUAAAUGCCAUGUGAGAGUGUUGUUCCUGAAUUGCGAGGAGGAAAAAAAGGAAUGGACUGAGCUCACUGAUCUGGUGAAACAUGCACAGUUUGACGGGCGUUUUGUUAGGAUCCAGGUCCAACGAUUUUCUGGGUAAAGACGCUAAAAAAAUCAUUUAGGUAUUUAGAAUAGAUGGACUUUUUUAAAAGCCACUGUUUAACGGAUCCAACAAUGGUAAGUGUUAGUCCAACUUCAUUCAACAUCGUUGGACGCAGCAUGUUAGAUGUGUUUUGUGGUGUUGGAUGCUGUUGGAUCAAGUCUGAGUUCGCCUGUGCACAGACGUUUUCUCUUCGACAGCGCGCCUGUUUUCUCCUUUCCCACCUCCACCCUAAACCCCUUGCGCUUGAACACAAUAAAUUCCCCAGCGGUUUUUAUUUGUAUGUGUAAGCUCGACGAUCUACAACCAGAAAAUCGAUGGUCUGUGUACAGGCUCGGUUUACGUGAGUUAAACCUGUAAACUGGUAUGCGAUGGACCGUGUCGCAACAUGGAUUAAACAAAGGCCUUUUUAGUUUCCCAUUUUCGAAAAAUAAUAAGCUCAGAAUUUAAACUCCCCAUGCGACAUAUUGGACAGUUUUAAGUUUAGCGUUUUGGAUUUGUUUGGAAGCUCAGUUUAAUAAGGAGUGGGUGUUUAGGUAUUCCGUAAAAUGCAUCCAGAAAGUUACCAAAAAUGAAAGUUUUUCUUUUAAACAUUUAUUUCUCAUUCUCUAUCCUACUCAGGAUAGAUAUUACUCAGGUUGUUUCCAGAAAAUUAAACCUCAAACAAUAUUUCCAAGUCUACUCACUCUAGUUGUGGAAAAGAGGUUGACGGCUCAUGAACGAAGUGCUUACUGGCUUUUUUUUCAACCAACACGUUAAGAUAAGCUCUUACUAGUUUCCCUUUACGUAGCACUCUGCUCAAAUUUUAUCUGUGCCAUUUCAAGGCCCAUAGCAACUCCCUUCAAUCUGGCUCUCACUCUCUAAUUUUUGGUUCUUCCACUAAUCAGAUAUUCCUAUCUUCUCGACUGGCGUCGAGAAAACUCCAGUGUUGAAAGACUUGGAAUUAUUAGUUUCAUGACCCGAUUGAUAAGGAAGCCGCGCAGACCAGCAAGUUUCUUCGCUUACUUUCGUCCGGAUAUUCCAGACAUUUUGCGCCUUAUUUGUUGUCAUACACAACUUACUCAUGCGGUGAUACGGGAUCUUGAAAAUAGAGACGUGAUAUAUGCUGAUGGCAGUUCAAAGCAAGAUAUGAUACCAGGAGAGGACAAGGCAUUUGUUUUUGUAUCGGGGGGAAUAUGUCCGUUCGAUGAUGAGGACGUGGAUGUUUAUCUCAGGCAAGCAUUUUUUAUAAAUACAUCACAUACCAAUUCAAGAACGUGGAGCGCCUGCACAAAUUCCGCCCCUCACCCCAUCCCUAAGUAGAACCGCUUUGCAAUAGGCCACUUCCGAGUUCCAAAAACUCUCACUUUCAAAAUGAGGCUAGGUGGACAACCUUUCUUGUGAAAAUGAGUUUUAUUUGCAUGAGAAAGAAAACUGAUUUCCAUAUCAAAGGCGGAGCACCUACCCUCGUUUUGAAACAGAAGCCCGGGGGAACUCGGAAAUGGCCUAUUGAAUAGUCAUGCGAAUCGGGUGUUUUAAAAUGCUUAAAAGCAUCCUUUUGACUUUGGCAGCACUUCUUUGAGGGUUUUCUUUUUUAAUACCACGUGUAACGUAUGGGUGAUUCACGCGCUGGUGCAAUAUUACACAUAAAGACGAUGUUUCUCAGUUUUUAACGACGUAACUGUAGGACGCCAGUAGGGAGUAAAAAUGUUUGCAGCCUGUUUUUUACCUAUGUAGUUAAUUCCGAAUUCAUCCCAGCAAGGAAAGGAAAAAAUGCAAGUUGAAUAAGUAAGGCCUUUGUCUUUUUUUUUAUUAAGCUUACCGUACUGAUCGAACCGUUAUUACAGCAUGGAUAUUUUUGUUUUACAUUUGAACAGGUUAUUAGAAGACAAUCUUGAGUUCAAGACUGAAUUGCGAAUUCGUGUCGUUAAAGACGAAGACCUAGCAGAAGUAGAGUUCCAUAACACCUUGACACCUACAGGAAGAACGAGUCUAUUGUGUAAAUUUCACUUGCCCAUCCAGAACAUUCCACGCGCGGUUUGUAUUACUACUAUCGGCUAA